AUGUCCUUAGUGGUAGAAGACAAGCGGGACGAACUCCUCUCACAGAAAACCGCCACAAACCCUCCCCCAAGGUACCUUGGCUUCAUUGCCGGGACUUGUUCUGGGGUGAUGAAAAACGUGGUUGGACAUCCGUUUGACACCAUCAAGGUCAGACUUCAAACAGCAGACGUUGGCAGGUUCAAGGGACCCGUGGAUUGUGUGAUGCAGACGUUCAGGAACGAGGGUUUCCGAGGCUUUUAUAAGGGGUUCACUCCUCCGUUGGUGGGGUGGGUUCUCAUGGAUUCAGUGAUGUUGGGAUCGCUUCACACCUACAGGAGGUUCUUGAAGGAAAAUGUGUACAACAACCAAGAUUUGACUUUGACAGGACACUGCUUGGCCGGAUUGGGGUCAGGGUUGACGGUAUCAUUCGUGGCUGCCCCGAUAGAGCAGUUCAAGGCCAGACUACAGGUGCAAUAUGAUGCGAAGACCAAGUUAUACAAUGGUCCAUUGGACGUGGCCACCAAGUUGUACAAGACGUCAGGCAUCAGGGGAAUCUACAGUGGGUUGUGCUCGACUAUGAUUUUCCGGUUAAAUUUUGUGUUUUGGUGGGGCUCAUACGAGAUCUUCAACAACUGGUUUGCACAAAACACACAGUUAUCCAAACCCGCCGCCAACUUCUGGUCCGGGGGAUUGUCCGCCACAGUCUUCUGGAUAUUUGCAUACCCUGCGGAUGUCGUGAAACAAACGAUCAUGACAGACAGUCCUAUCAGGUCCCAAAAGAAGUUUCCAAGGUGGAUAGAUGCUGUCAAGUAUAUCUACAGGGUCAAGGGCUUGGGUGGAUUCACCAAGGGUUUUGGUCCUUCCAUCUUGAGAUCCUUCCCAGCCAAUGCCGCAGCCUUGGCUGCGUUUGAGGCUGCCAUGAGAUUCAUGCAUUAA